AUGGUGUCAGGAAUAUGGUUUCAGACGUUUACAGCGAUUACAGCAUCUUUUGGCUCCGCUGCGAUGGGAUUACUCAACGUCUGGCCAUCAUACACGAAGUAUCUUUAUACAGCUAAUGAUACAGUACUUCUAACAAAUCCCAUGACUGAUUCCGAAGUGGCAUUGUUGGGUAGUCUGCCCUCUCUGGGAGGGAUGUUGGGUACUGGAGUGGUUGGAAUAUUAAUUGACAAAUUUGGCAGAAGAAUAGGAGGUCUUGCAAUUACAAUUCCGUUUCUGUUGUCUUGGGCUAUUAUUCACAUGUCGUCUACAUCUGUCUUGGUACUCAUGGCAAGAUUCCUGGGAGGUAUAGCUGGUGGAGCAUAUCUUGUUUAUGGCCCUGUAUUCAUAUCAGAAGUCGCUGAUGACUCAAUCAGAGGAUCGCUGGCAACAUUUCCAAACUUGUUUUAUGGAAUAGGAGUCCUCUUAUCCUAUAUCCUGGGAUGGUUCUCCAGUUACACAGUAAUCAUUUGGAUUAACAUUAUGGUGGCUGUAGUAUGCUGCUUACUAGUUAUGAGCGUGAAAGAAAGUCCUAUCUUUUUGCUCAGGCAAAAUAGAGAAGAGGACGCAAUAAAUGCAAUAGCGCAUUACAAAGGGUCAUCCCCAACUUCAGUGGUUGUCUUGAAAGAGUUAUCAAAACUCAAGUUGCAGUUGAAUCCAAUUGUUGAAUUAAUACCAGUCAACGAAGAUUCACUAUCAACAGCGGAAGACGCAGAGAAGGAAAAAUUAAAUUCUGAGAACAUCAUACCUGAAGUUCAGCAAAAGGUUUCUUCUUGGAGAACAUUAAUUUCAUCGCCGUCAUCACGUCGCGCAUUUUUGACAUUAUUCAUUAUAAUAACAGUUCAGGUAUUUAUGGGAUUAGUACCAGUACAAGUAUUCGCCAAAACUGUUUUCAACAAAGCAGAUCCAAGCAAAGCUGACCUCUUCUCCGUUCUAUUUGCCUUAAUGCUGAUAUUUGGAUGUUUCGUUACUGCAUUUAUAUCUGAUAAAGCUGGCAGAAGGGUUUUGGUGAUCAGUUCAUCAACAUUAGUAGCCAUAUCGAUGGUCAUUCUCGGCGCGCAGACUCAGUACAGUUUUGGACCAGCAUGGGUGACGGUGGUCAUUAUUCUUCUCUACUGCUUCUUCUUCAUGUGCGGCGCCGGUACCAUUCCUUAUGUGUUGCUGUCCGAAAUCUUCACCCCCGAGGUACAGAACAUUGCCUCUUUGUUGAUAGGAGAAUGGGUGUGGUUCCUAAACUUUGCUAUCAUAGCGGUAUUUCCAUAUAUUACAAGUUGUCUUGGCAUGCACGGGGCGUUUUAUAUAUUCGCCGGUUUUGGUGUAAUCAACGCUAUAGUUAGCUUUAUAAUAGUUCCCGAGACUAAAGGUCUGUCAAAUAUUGAUAUACAAGAAGCCUUCUUAAACAGAAGAAGGAGAUAG